AUGACGACCUUUUUCUUCAGACGAUCAGUUGAAAAGGCGUUCCAGCUCGAUGAGCAGCCGUCCGGCCUGACCCUCAAUCUACAGCGGCCACUAAAGGCAGAUCCGCCGCACAUCACAUCCGCCGUCGACGACAUCAUGUACAUUGUCAACAAGGUUCUGCAACAAUCUCUUGCGACGUCACAAAUCGCUGUCGUCACUAGCGUCGUUCCAACCCUAUCUCGAGUCCUCGGGUCCGACUUCAUCGGCAUGACGCAGCGCAAGAUGCGCGACGAGUGCUACCCGCGCGCAACGCACCAGGGCGCUCCACCUCAAGAGCACAUUGUCAUUUCCUUCCUAGUCCUCAUCAACAACCUCGACGUCGCAGUCGACUACAUCCGGCGCAUCAUCGGGAACAUCACGGAAACAAAGAAAACCGUCACAAAUGCCGACGGCCAACCCGAACAAACCGAUCAACUCCACAGCCUCUUCCCCGCCCCCGCAGACGCAGCCCUCGUCUCCCAAACCCUAACCUCCCUCUCUACCACCUUCGAAGCCAAGGUCACCGACCUCCUCACAGACGGCACCCAAGUCAUCUUCAACAACCUCAUCAAACCCCGCCUCCGCCCCAUUCUCUCUGACGCCUUCCGCGACAUUGAAUACCAGCCCUCCUCCGACUCCGCUCCACUAACAACCUACUCCUCGGACUACGACUACGACUCAGAAAAUGACCAACACGCCUCCCACCCAACCGCACACGACCACUCCGACCCCCCACAAGAACUCGUCCGCCCGCGCUUCCACAGAUCCUGGACAGACCUACUGGCGCCCUUCUCCCGCCUCCUCACCCCAACCUCCUUCGACCGCCUCCUAACAACAACCCUCUCGUACCUCGCGCGCCUCCUCGAAAAGCGCCUGUGGGCCUACCAAGGCCGCGUGAACCCGCUCGGGGCUACGCGCCUCGAGCGCGACAUCUCCGGAAUCGCCAGCGCGGCCGUCGACAUCCCCGCGCCCGGUUCGGGCUCUGGAUCGUCCGGGUCGGCUGGUGUUGUUGGGCGAUAUCGCCAUCGUGAAGUCUUUGCGAGGUGCUUGCAGAUUGUGCUUGUUAUGGGGAUGGAUGAGGAGGAGUGGGAGGAUGUUGUGAGAGGUGGGGAGAGUGCGGAGGUGUUGGAUAAGUUGAGUGCGGAGGAGAGGCGGAGGGUUAGGGGGAUUGUGGGGAGGAGGUAG